UGUUGCUGUUGCAAGAGGCUGGGGAGUGUGUCAGCUGUUGGGUCGAGCACUGAGACCCUCUGCGUCAGACGUUACUGAUACCUGCGGUUGAAAGGCAAAGGUCAGAUACCGCUCGGGAUUAAAAGCCUUAGCACCCACCCUGCAUGGACCUGCAGGGAACAAUGCUGAGAAAAGCCCGUCCCAAAGGUCGCAAAUAGCAAGAUCCUGUCCACAGAACGUGCUCAAAAUGACAAAACUAAAGGGAGCAAAGAUGAGAGGUUUCCACAGGUGGAGGAAGUAGGCGUGGCUGUGACAUACAGCGUGAGGGCUCCUGGGAGGAUGGAGAUUUCGGCUUCUGGGGCUGUCAGCAUCGCCACUGUGACUUGACUGAAGUUUGCAAGAUAGCUCACUUGGGGGAGCUGACAGAGGCUUCAAGGGGUCCUCACAGCUGUGUGUGAACUCACAAGCAUGCAAAGACAGAAAGCCUGGAGCCCGAGGACAUCUUGGCCACCAGCCUCCCUCUGAGGGCUCUGGGUGGGGAGGGAGGUGACUGGCCCAGGGGACUUCUCUGACAGUGGUGACAGCAGGGACAGGUAGGAAGGGCCGGACUUAUUCCUCCUUCAGCUGUCAGUCUCGCCCUCUGCAGACUAGGCUCCCAUGUCCACAUUCCCUGCCGAGCUCAGGCUGCAGGGUGGGUGCAGGCCUCGAGAUGGGCGCGGGUGUGUGGCAGGAAGGGAGGCUAGGCCGGCAGGUGCACUCCUGCCGCUGGUGGGCAUCUGGCUGCGCCGUCCUCUCUAAUGUUGACGCCCUAUUCCUAAUGAUGCCGCUCCUGAGCUGUGAGUAGGAGGCCUGAGGACACUGGCUCUGGUGGUGGCCGGCACCCCGGGGACACCACAUUGGCUUGGGCAGCACCCCAUGUGGACAGCCUGAGGCUGCAGCUUUUAAAAGUUGAUUUUAAUGUCUUCUUUUAUACUUUGCUAAAUUAGGAAAAUACAAAUGUGUUUCAGCUAUAUGCACGACAGGAAAUUUAGAAGACAUAUUUAACAAAGUAAAAGUCACCCACCACUCUGGCAUGCUCACAGCUGCUAUUGUGGAACAUGGUCUUUUCGUGUAUGCUUUUAUUGGGUGUGGUUUAAGUUUGAGGAUAAGGACAAGAGUCGGGAGUGAAGACCUGGCCUUUCUCCUUCCCUUCUUGUGGAAAAGCAGCAGCCUGGCCCUCCCCAGCAUAGCAGUGUUGACGCACACUCGCUAUGGCCCCAUUGUCUCCCAGAGGGCAGUCCCUGUGUGCUUGGAUCUCCCUGGCUCUGAGGAGAUAGAUGCCAGGCGGCUGACAACCUCGCCUGUCCCAAGGAGGGAAGGGGUGGCAGGUGGCUGUGGCCCAUUGCUUUGGCCCCCGCGGACUCUACAAGCGGAAGUUCUGUGGUGUCUGCCGCAAGGUCUUGGAGGCGCCCGCGCUCCGCUGCGAAGUGUGUGAGCUGCACCUCCACCCAGACUGUGUGCCCUUCGCCUGCAGUGACUGCCGCCAGUGCCACCAGGAUGGGCACCAGGACCACGACACCCACCACCACCACUGGCGGGAGGGGAACCUACCCUCAGGAGCACGCUGUGAGGUCUGCAGGAAGACGUGCGGCUCCUCUGACGUGCUGGCCGGCGUGCGCUGCGAGUGGUGUGGAGUCCAGGCACACUCUGUCUGCUCUGCGGCCCUGGCCCCCGAGUGCGGCUUCGGACGCCUCCGCCCCCUGGUCCUGCCCCCUGCGUGCGUGCGCCUGCUGCCUGGCGGCUUCAGUAAGACUCAGAGCUUCCGCAUCGCCGAGGCCGUGGAGCCAGGUGACGGGGGAGACGGUGCGGAUGGGAGUGCUGCUGCGGGGCCAGGCAGAGAGACGCCGGUGCCUCCAGAGUCCGGUAAGUGUCCGCCUCAUGCCCCCCAUGCCCCACCAUCUCCUGGGCGCCUGGGACCCAUGGAGCUUCCCCGGCCUAGGGAAGAAAACACUGAAGAUCUUCGAUGGCGAUGAAGCGGUGAGGAGAAGCCAGUUCCGCCUCAUCACGGUGCCCCGCCUAGCCAGCGCGGAGGAGGUGUUGGAGGCCGCGCUCCGGGCCCACCACAUCCCCGAGGACCCUGGCUACCUGGAGCUGUGCCCGCUGCCCCCUUCCUCACAGGCCUGUGACGCCUGGGCUGGGGGCAAGGCCGGGAGUGCUGUGAUCUCAGAGGAGGGCAGAAGCCCAGGGUCUGGGGAGGCCACGCCGGAGGCCUGGGUCAUCCGGGCUCUGCCUCGGGCCCAGGAGGUCCUGAAGAUCUACCCUGGCUGGCUCAAGGUGGGCGUGGCCUACGUGUCCGUGCGAGUGACCCCGCAGAGCACCGCCCGGUCCGUGGUGCUGGAGGUCCUGCCGCUACUCGGCCGCCAGGCCGAGGGUCCUGAGAGCUUCCAGCUGGUAGAGGUGGCAAUGGGCUGCAGGCACGUCCAGCGGACCGUGCUGGCGGAUGAACAGUCCCUGCUGGCCCGGCUACAGGAUAUCCGGCAGGUGUCCGUGCGGCAGCUGAGCCAGACGCGGUUCUACGUGGCGGAGAGCAGGAAUGUGGCCCCGCACAUCUCCCUGUUCGUUGGCGGCCUGCCUCCCGGCCUGGCCCCCGAGGAGUACAGCAGCCUGUUGCUUGAGGCUGUGGCUGUCGAAGCCUGCCUUUGCAGCCACCAUGGUGUCUGUGAGUCACGUCUACUCCUCCCAAGGUGCGGUAGUGCUGGACGUCGCCUGCUGUGCAGAGGCCGAGCGGCUGUACGCGAUGCUCAAGGACACGGCUGUGCAGGGUCGCCUGCUCACUGCCCUGGUGCUCCCCGACCUGCUGCUGCCUGCCCUGGGCACACGAGGCUGCCCCCAGACAGCCGCCCCCUCCUUGUGUUCGUGAACCCCAAGAGUGGAGGCCUCAAGGGCCGAGACCUGCUCUGCAGCUUCCGGAAGCUGCUGAACCCCCACCAGGUCUUUGAUCUGACCAACGGGGGUCCUCUUCCUGGGCUCCACGUGUUCUCCCAGGUGCCCUGCUUCCGGGUGCUGGUGUGCGGUGGCGACGGCACCGUGGGCUGGGUGCUCGGCGCCCUGGAGGAGACGAGGCACCGACUGGCCUGCCCGGAGCCUUCUGUGGCCAUCUUGCCCUUGGGCACAGGGAACGACCUUGGCCGAGUCCUCCGCUGGGGGGCGGGCUACAGCGGUGAGGACCCCUUCUCCGUGCUGCUGUCUGUGGACGAGGCUGAUGCUGUGCUCAUGGACCGCUGGACCAUCCUGCUGGAUGCACAUGAGGCUGGUGGUGCAGAGAACGGCACGGCAGACGCAGAGCCCCCCAAGAUCGUGCAGAUGAGUAACUACUGUGGCAUUGGCAUUGAUGCGGAGCUGAGCCUGGACUUCCACCAGGCACGGGAAGAGGAGCCUGGCAAGUUCACAAGCAGGCUGCACAACAAGGGUGUGUACGUGCGGGUGGGGCUGCAGAAGAUCAGCCACUCUCGGGGCUUGCACAAGGAGAUCCGGCUGCAGGUGGAGCGGCAGGAGGUGGAACUGCCCAGCAUCGAGGGCCUCAUCUUCAUCAACAUCCCCAGUUGGGGCUCGGGGGCCGACUUGUGGGGCUCCGACAAUGACGCCAGGUUUGAGAAGCCGCGCAUGGAUGAUGGGCUGCUGGAGGUGGUGGGUGUGACGGGCGUCGUGCACAUGGGCCAGGUCCAGGGCGGGCUGCGCUCCGGAAUCCGGAUCGCCCAGGGUUCCUACUUCAGAGUCACGCUCCUCAAGGCCACCCCGGUGCAGGUGGACGGGGAGCCCUGGAUCCAGGCCCCUGGACACAUGAUCAUCUCAGCUGCAGGCCCUAAGGUCCACAUGCUGAGGAAGGCCAAGCAGAAGCCGAGGAGGGCCGGGACCACCAGGGAUGUCCGGGUGGAUGCCGCGCCUGCCCCUGAGGGCGAUCCUAGGUAGGGGUGGCCGGGGCUCCUGCGGUCUCUGCCCCCACUGGUGUGUUUUCAGGUGGUCUGGAGGCAGCUGUGUCCACACAGUGGCCAGCCCCGUGGUCCGACCUGGCUUCAGCCCUGACUGCAGACCUUCCUGGGCCUGGAGCGGGACCAGCCCUCAUCCCAUUGGUGCCACACAUGGGUGUCACCACCUUCAUCCCACUGGAGACUGCUGUGCGGGUGGCAGUGUGUCCCCACGUCCCGGGUGGGCACGGGCUCUGGCUGGCAUGCCCUCUGCCCUGUGGGGGCCCAGUCCUCUCUUGGAGGGUGAGCACCCAUCCCUCCAUACCUCUCCCCACUGAGCCCCUUGAGCUGGACAGUGCUGGACGCAGGCCGUCCAGGUGGGUCUGACCUUGCUUUGUGCCCCUCAGGCUGUGCCCCUGGCUGGUCCUUCACAGCAGCAGGCUCCCUGGCAUGUCCCUGUCCUAGCACACAUGCUGACAGCCCCUCUAGCCUCACUUCGCCACCCUCGGCAGCCCCGGCAGGCAGCGUUUAUCGGGCUGCCAGGUGGUGGUGACUGGUGACUUCCUCGUGUGUCUUGGGGGAGUGGAGAAGGUGCCUUCGUUUUCUGGCCUUGUUAUCUAUAGACGGCAGCUUGGACCCCAAGUGCAGCCGCAGGGGUAGGCAGUGCCCGGCUGCCCUUUCCUAGUGCCUGUGCUGGGGGAGGAGAACCUCUGUCCGCAUGGAGGGCAAGUCUUGGGUGCCGCCCUGACAGCACCAUAGCAUGCAUCUGCCCCUCAGCCCUCAGGGUGGGCACUUAGCACGCAGAAGGGACCAGAAGCAGGGCCCAGCGGUGCAGAGGAGCUGGAGGUGUAAAUAGCUCUAUGCGUGUGGAGGAGCUGGCUUUCAGCCCCAGACCCCACGCUAGCACUUUCCGCGCUGCUUGAAAGCCGUUGAUGUGUAGUUUCAUGUCUGUGUGAGCUGCUGUGCUCGGCCCUGUCCCUCGUCAGCAUGUGGAGAUCCUGCUCCUGCAGUGCCCCUGCUCCCAUGCCCCCAGACAGCUCAAUGGAGGGGGCUGCGUCUGGGCCAGACUGGGGUGCAUCCAGAGACAAAGCUGCUUCCACGUGCUCAAGGAUUCAGACGGCACACUAGCUCUGGGAGGAGUCUGACCAAAAAUUAUGCCGCCUCUGCGGGAAACCUCCUGACUCCCCCCACGAGAAAUGGUCCCAGAGUCCUGGUCGCGCCCUUUCCCUUGUGGGGCACAGCUGGCCUGGGCCUCCUAUUCUGGGCCAGGGCUUUCCUGGGUGUGGCCUUGACCUCAGAAGUGGCUCUGGUUUGGCCCCAGGAGUAUGUGGCCCGGCCCAGCCUGCAGCCUCCUGGCAAGCCCUUGGUGCCACUAACCCCCCAGCGCCGCCCCCCUCCCCGCUGCUUCUGCCAAAACUGCACAGACAUGCAUUGUCAGGCCACUUGUGGCCUCCAGUGUACGCACCUGUUUACGUCAUCUGUCCCACCGUCAAAACCAGCCCCUUGUGUGUGACUAGUUUUGCUUCGCAAGUCUCGGUGUGUAACUGUGGUGAGGGGAUUGUCCUGUGUGAGCGAGCCUAUGCCCUGCACACUGGGCCCCUCUGUAUUUAUCGCUGCCUGAAUGCAACAGUAAUUUAUAUCUGGGACAAAUACAGACUGGGCCUCGCUGUC